AUUUCCCGGCGGGAGGCGCGGAGGGGGGGGGGGGGGGGAAGGCGGUCAGCGCCGAGAUGGCGGUUGAUAAGGAUCUGCUGCAGCUGGACCUGUACGGCUUGUUGGGGGUCGGCGAGAAGGCGUCGGAGAAGGAGGUUAAGAAAGCAUACCGGCAGAAGGCCCUGAGUUGUCACCCAGAUAAGAACCCAGAUGAUCCCAGAGCAGGUCUCUUCCAUAAGGGAUUGUCUUUUCUGGUGGAUCUCCAGGCCACUAGCAUGGUUUUCUGCAUCUUACCCUUUUUUCUUCUAAUUCCCAGCGGAAGUCUUCCACCAACUGUCUCAGGCCUUAGCCGUACUAACAGAUGCAGCAGCAAGGAUCUUGAAGCCAGAGAACGAGAAGCCCAGACUCGUGAGAGUGAAGAGGAGGAGAUCAGGAUAACGAGAUCAUUAGAACAAGAAAUAAUACGCCUACGUGAAGAAGGCUCCCGUCAGCUUGAGGAGCAGCAGAGACUCAUUCAAGAACAGAUCCGGCUUGAAAGAGAGCAGCACAUCCAAGGCAAGCAAGAAAGAAAUGGAGCAGAAGGCAAAAUAACUCCUAAACUUAAACUAAAAUGGAAAUGCAGGAAAGAAGAUGAGACGAGAGGAGGAUACUCAAAAGAUGUUCUGUUGCAGAUCCUGCAAAAGUAUGGCGAUGUGCUUAAUUUGUUGAUCUCAAGUAGGAAGACUGGGAGCGCAGUCGUGGAAUUUGCUACAGUUAAGGCUGCUGAGAUGGCUGUGAAGAAUGAAGUUGGCCUGAUAAAUAACCCUCUAAAGAUUUCCUGGCUGGAGGGCCAGCCCCGGAACAAUCCCAGCACUGUCCUUUCUGACAGCACUAGUCAGCCUAGGACUUCACAGAUCCCUCAAGCAUUCCCUCUUCUGGCACUGUCCAUCACUGUCCAGAGUGUGGCUGUUCUGAUUCAAGAUGAUGACUUGGUUGCCCAGCUUUUUGUGUCUCCUGAGUGAGAAACGUCUGAAGAACGUUGUGGACUUAAUGGACCCUCUCCGCCAAGUAUCCAUGCUGAUGAAAGGCAACGAGAAGAAGGAGGCUGCUGACUCUUCACAGUCAGGUGUUCGACUUAAGUCGCAGGAUCAGCAGCAAGUCACACAACAGGAACAACCUCUUCCUUCCCUGUUCCUGUAGCUGGAAGGAAAAUAGAGAGGCUGGUAUUGCAGGAAAUGCAAACUUCACACUAUGUCCCUGUGUUAAGGAGCAAUUGGCCUGUCUUAGAUAUUAAGGAGUCUCCUUAUUCAGUGGAGAAGGAAUGGCGAUGUCUGAGCUUCUCAAAUCUGUGCUGCAGAAACAAGCUGAUGAAGAACAGCAAAGGCACACAGUCACCAUGAGAACAGAUUUAAUCUAGCAUCUAGAACAGAAGGGCACUUUGGUACCAUGGUAACCAGCCACCUUCAUGGUGAAGGGCACAGUAUAAAAAUCUCAGUGGGUGGUUAGGAAGGGAGAUGGUGACUCAGUCACACUGAAGGAAACCAAAGAAAUACGGUCAAAUGGAAUUCUAAAAAGCAACAAAAUGCAGAUGUAAAAGACAAACAUUAGGAAAAUUGAAUGCAAAAUAGACUUACGCUGUGUCGGAGCAGCACCUGAGCCCAACAGGCGGGGAGAAGAAACUGCUCAAGCACUCGGAGAACUGCGACCACCACGUUCACCAGUAUGCUGGGAUGUUGGAAGAAGCAAGUCCAGGGAUGGUUCAGCCAGGUUGGACCCGAAAUGCUAAAAAUCCACAAUGCCUCCUUCUCUUCAUGUGCCUCCUGUUACUGCUUCCCAGGCUGCAGUUCCUUGUGCGUACGUAUUUGUUUUGAGCCAAGCCCUUGCUGAGUCAGCCACGUCAGAAACUGGGUUUUACACUAUUGGUAAUUGCCAGGAUUGCAGGAAGUAGGUGUGUGGAGUGGCAAAGCAUCAGCCCACACUCUGCCUGAGGAGAAAGCAAGCUCCCUUAGAGGCAUCCAGAUUGCUUGAGAACUGUCAACGUGAAUACCGACUUGUAGCCCACCUUGAAUCAGGCUGUUUCUUCUCUUGGUGCUCUCCCUUCUGCCACUUCUGAUGGCUUGUUGUAUCAGCAGGGCUCCCAAAUGAGGCUGGAAAUAAUCUCUUGUCUGUUAAAUUUAAAUCCAGAGUGUGAGGUAGCGAUUCAGGUUUGUAUGGGUGAUUCAUCUGCAUGAGUCGCAUGUAGACUAUGUCAUUCAGCCAAGCAAAUGACAGUAAGUAUCUGUGGUUAGUGGACAGGAACUUUGAAGAAGCCUAGUUCUGCCACUGAAGGCUGAUACAAUCUGGUGCUUUCUCAGAUACAGUGAAAAUCUGUGCUGUGCAGUACUGAAAGGUUAUUUCAUUCACGCGGCUCCUAACAUACCAAUUAUGGCAUAUUAGUCUCUUUAAUUUCCCAGUCUAAGUUUCUCAUCUGUUGUGGGCUUCUAUUUUGUCCUUGCAGCUAGACACUCUGCAGCUGGAAGAACCACUUUGCUGGCACAUGAUAACAAAUUUGUACUUGCCCCAUUUUCAUGCAGAAUCUUACUUAGCUAUUCUAUUGCCUUUUCAUCCCUUCUAUUCUCUAUUUAAGAUGUCCUUAAAUCACA